AUGCACGGGCGCGCCAAUGAGGGCCGCGACGGGAACUCUCAGACUCCUCGGCGCGCGGACAUCACUCGUUACCUGCCUCUUGUCCUCGACCACCACCCGUCAAGCUUCCCAUCACUUCCUCACGACCCCGGCACGACCAGCGACGACGUCUGCGAUUCGAAAUUCAACCCAGCUAAAGCCUCAUCUGCACCCGACUCUUGCUCUUCACACCCGCACAUCUAUCUACUCCCUCUCCUUCUCUCGAGACCUUCUAAGGUGCACGUGCACCACACUCGCCCCGCACCCGUCCUCAUCCUCUUUGAUUCUUCAGAUAUGGACAGCUGGAGGGUAGCAGUCCUUGGUGAUGGUGGUGUCGGCAAGACCGCACUCGCCGUACAGUUUACGCUUAACUGCUUCGUUGAGGUGAUCGAUACCGCAGGGCAAGAGGAGUACGCAACACUCCGUGACCAAUGGGUUCGCGAGGGGCAGGGCUUUAUCCUCGUCUACUCAAUCGCCUCCCGCGCAACAUUCGACCGCCUCGAAGUCUUCCGACAGUCUAUGAUGCGCGUCAAGCGCCAAAAGCCAAUAUUUAUGCUUGUUGGCAACAAAGCCGACAAGCAGUACGAGCGCGAGGUCUCGCGGGACGAGGGCGCCGCCAUGGCACGAGAGUUCGGCUGCGAGUUCAUGGAGACUAGCGCAAAGACGGCACAAAACGUCGAGCGCCUGUUCACAACACUUGUCCGCAUGCUUAGGCAGACCAAGGCUGUCGAGAAUGGCACACCCGUCACUCCCGUCAAGCCCCCGAAGAAGAAGCUGUGUAUUGUUAUGUAG